AUGGCGGACGGCCCAGACAAGACUGAUGAGCUCUACCCAAUAGCUGUGCUCAUUGAUGAAUUAAAGCAUGAUGAUGUUCUCCUACGACUUAAUGCCAUACACAGACUCUCGACGAUUGCCCUCGCGCUGGGAGCGGAGCGUACAAGAGAUGAAUUGAUUCCUUUCUUAGAUGAGUCCGUAGAAGAUGAAGACGAGGUUCUGACAGCUUUGAGCGAAGAGCUUGGGGGCUUCGUCGAAUACGUUGGAGGUCCAGAAUGGGGUCACGUCCUUCUCUCGCCUCUUGAGAAUCUGGCCGCAAUCGAAGAACCGCUCGUACGUGAAAAGGCUGUCGAGUCUCUAAACAAAAUUUGCGAAGAGCUAUCUUCACAACAAGUCGAAGAAUACUUCAUUCCCCUCACAAUCCGCCUCUCCAAAGCCGACUGGUUUACAUCCAAAAUUUCCGCGACAGGCCUUUACAAUGUCCCAUACAAAAAAGCUUCCCCACCCAUGCAGGAACAACUUCGACACCAAUUUGGACUUCUAGUCCACGAUGAAACCCCAAUGGUCCGACGAUCGUCUGCAAAUAACCUCUCGAAGUUUGUAAAGGAGAUGCCUGCGACUAUUGUCAUCGAAGAAAUGAUACCCCUUUUCCAACACCUUGCAAGCGACGACCAGGAUAGUGUACGGUUAUUGACGGUCGAAAUUCUUAUUGCGAUUGCGGAAGUGGUACCAAAGGAGCAACAAUCAAGUCAUGGGGUCCUGCUUACAGCAUUGAGGAGUCUGAUCGAGGACAAGAGUUGGAGGGUUCGGUAUAUGGUUGCGGACAGAUUCGAGAAGAUUGCCAAAGCUGUAGACGACGAGGUUGUGUCAAGAGAUCUGGUUCCUGCGUUUGUAAAGCUUCUAAAAGACACCGAGGCAGAAGUCCGAACAGCCAUUGCCGGUCAAAUUCCCGGAUUCUGCAAGUUGGUGGACAGAACGACUCUUCUUAACGACAUUAUGACAACUGUGGAGGACUUGGUUUCAGAUACCUCUCAACACGUUCGAGCCUCUCUCGGAACCCAGAUCAGCGGACUCGCGCCUAUUCUUGGCAAGCAAGAAACCAUCGAUCACCUCCUCCCUAUGUUCCUUCAGAUGCUUAAAGAUGAAUUUCCUGACGUUCGUCUCCACAUCAUCUCGAAACUAGAAUUAGUCAACCAAGUCAUUGGAAUUGAGCUCCUCUCACAAUCCCUGCUCCCAGCCAUCGUUCAGCUUGCUGAAGAUAAGCAAUGGAGAGUUCGUUUGGCUAUUAUCGAGUACAUCCCCUUAUUGGCGAGCCAACUCGGUGUCAAGUUCUUUGAUGAGAAGCUUGCCGGUUUAUGCAUGGGCUGGUUGGGCGACACCGUCUUCUCAAUUCGUGAAGCUGCCACUCACAACCUGAAGAAGCUCACAGAAGUAUUCGGUGUAGACUGGGCCAACGAGGCUAUUAUUCCCAAGGUUAUGGCCAUGGGUGGUCACCCAAACUACCUGUACAGAAUGACAACCUGCUUUGCAAUUACAACCCUUGCACCAGUCGUCAGUCUCGACGUAGUUGCCAAAGCUAUCCUCCCAAUGAUGGACAAGCUUGUUGUUGACGAUAUCCCAAAUAUCCGUUUCAACGUUGCUAAGAGCUACUCCGAACUCAUAUCUGUUCUCAAGCGCCUGCCAGAUGAAGGAACUGUCUUCUCACUGGAGAAGUCUGGCAAAACUUUACCAGUAUCUGCCCGAGGUCAAGUUCUGAUUCAGCAGAGCAUCCUACCAAACCUAGAGAAGCUGCAGAAGGAUGAUGAUGUUGAUGUCCGGUUUUUUGCAACUACUGCUGCUGCAUCGAUCUCUGACGAGGCUAUGGAGACAUGA